AUGUUUCAUAAAAGUGAGAGUGCUUUUAAGCUCGACCAAAUAGGUCCAAGAGAGCCCAAUCCGUUUACUUUCCCAGACCGGAAACUGAAGCCCCUAAUCGCCACCACUCUCACUCUCAUCUCUCCGCCGUUGCUCUUUUCGCCACCGCUAACCGCGCUGCUGAAGUGCGCUAACUUUUUACUUGUUGAAUUUGUGAAUUUGAUAAUCAAGGGAGAUCUCCACGGCUUGCCAGCAUCUGUGAUUUAA